AUGUACCAACUAGGCCACCGUAAUCUUACUCUAGUCCUGCUCGCUUUCGUCUCUGGCACCUACGCCCAUCCCUUCGCCUGGCUUCACAGACCUACGGCAUCCACCCAGGCAGAUCGUGGAUGGCUAUGGCUUUGGACAUGGGGCCAGGACGCCAUGGUAUCCAUCGUUGAUCGCUCGCCCGCCGUAACUUUUCUCUCUAGGCCUGCAGCGUUCGGUGCAGAAUUGAAUGAUCCUCUCCUCGGAUACGUCAUUCCUCUCAACUCGUUUACGACCCCCUGCAUACAUGGUUCCGAUGUCUCUACUACAUCAUUCAACCUGCCCAAUACUCAUCUAUCGCCGAACCUUGGAUGUCCCAAGCUCUGUAUCCUAGGCGAUAAUAUACCGGAGAAAGGAGAAUCUUGGAUUGCUUUGGUGCAAAGGGGGCAGUGCCAGUUUGUAGACAAAGCCAGGGAAGCACAGCGCUUAGGUGCUAGGGCUGUCGUUGUCGGUGGAGAUGAUCCGGAUUUCGGUGGGAACCCAGACACGCUGGUGAACAUGUACAGCCCAGGGGACUCGUCGGACGUCAAGAUCCCUGCGACUUUCGUCAAAUACUCGGACUACGUGGAGUUAUCGGCUCUGAUAGCUGCCUCCAAUACAUCCCAUAAUGGUCUCAAGACCCUCUCACUUCUUGUUAGCUCCGAGUUCUCUGCGUGGCAGUGGUACUCUCCUCUGCUUACAUUCCUGACUCUCCUCCUGGUACCUUCUUCUCUCACGUUCCUCACGCUUCUCAUCCACCGCAUCCGCCUCGCUCGUGCGGCGCAACGCGAUCGUGCUCCAGAAGAUAUCGUUCACAGUCUUCCCUGGAGAGUCUGGACAGGUACAGGCUGGGAGAAACACGCCGGCACCGUUCCAGCCCAGGACCUUGAUCCCGCAUCUUCUCGAGACGACGAUGCUGUCGAACGUGGUGAAUCUCAUCGCGUCCCCCCACAGCAGAUAGAAGAGGAUGAGGACCCCGCUUGGUUCCAAUCUCAGGUGGAAUGUGCCAUAUGCCUAGAAGAGUUCGUCAAGGGAGAUCGAGUGCGUGUCUUGCCUUGCAAGCACAUAUUCCAUCUGGACGAAGUUGACGUGUGGUUGAUUGAGCGGAAGAAGCUGUGCCCCGUAUGCAAAGCAGACGUGACUCAGCCUCGACCUCCAGGCACCCAUGCCACCACACAAACCGAGGAACCCCUUCAACGCCCAACGACCCCAGUUGAAGACCCUGCCGAAUCUUCGACGUCUCCAUUCCCCUCUCGCUCUACCUCAUCCUCAGUCACUGAGCGGACGCCACUUCUCCAGAACAGCCCUUCCUCCGGUACCCUCUGA